AUGCCUUAUGAAGUCAAUGCUGGGUAUGAUUUUACAAAUAUGGUCCGGAAAAAGAACCCCCCUCUAAGAAACGUUGCUAGUGAAGGUGAGGUACAGACCCUUGAGUCUACAGGUACUGAAAGUGAAGAGUCUGGAAGGAAAAAAGAAUUUUCUGCAGAGCAGAUGCAAGAAAACACUGACCAGGGUGAUGCGGCAGAGUUAAAUAACAAGGAGGAACUUUGCACGCAUGUCCAAGAGCCAUCUUCCAGCAUUAAAAAGGACUUGAAAAGCUCAGUGCUGAGUGAAAAGGCUGGCUUCAAUUAUGAAAGCCACAAUAAGGGAGGAAAUGUUCCAUCCUUCCCUCAUGAUGAGGUGACAGACAGAAAUAUGCUGGCUUUCUCAUCUCCAGCUGUUGGGGGAAUCUGUGAGCCCUUGAAGUCUCCUCAAAAAUCAGAUGCAGAUGACACCCAAGAUGUGGUCUGUACCCCGUCAGGAGAUGCAGCGGAGACAAAUGAGGAGCAUCAGAUGUCGCCAAAAGCUUCAGAUGAAGCAGUGCAAGUGCAAAGUGGUCAAACUGAUGGCCAAGGCUCAAGCCCGGUCCCCAUGGCCUCAAAAAACCCACAAGUGCCUUCAGAUGGGGGUUUAAGGCUGAACAAAUCUAAAGCAGAUUUGUUGGUAAAUGAUAACCCAGAUACGGCGCCUCUGUCUCCAGAGCUUCAGGACUUCAAAUGCAACAUCUGUGGAUACGGUUACUAUGGGAACGACCCCACAGAUCUCAUCAAACACUUCCGCAAGUACCACCUAGGACUGCACAACCGCACCAGGCAGGAUGCUGAGCUCGACACUAAAAUUUUGGCUCUCCACAACAUGGUGCAAUUCAGCCACUCCAAAGACUUCCAGAAAGUCAACCGCACUGUGCUUUCAGGGGUGCUGCAGGACAUCAAUUCCCAGAGGCCUGUCUUAUUAAAUGGGACUUACGAUGUGCAGGUUACUUUAGGUGGAACCUUUAUUGGAAUUGGGCGGAAAACUCCAGAUUGCCAAGGCAACACCAAGUACUUCCGCUGCAAAUUCUGCAAUUUCACCUACAUGGGCAACUCCUCCACUGAACUAGAGCAACACUUCUUACAGACUCACCCAAACAAAAUGAAAGCAGCCCUUCCCUCCUCUGAUUCUGGUAAAACUUCAGAGAAAAACUCCAAUAAAUCCAGUCCUACUCUUCGACCAUGUGAUUCUGGAGACUUGGGGAAGUGGCAAGACAGAAUCACUGUAAAAGCAGGAGAUGAUACACCAGUUGGAUAUUCGGUGCCCAUCAAGCCAAUAGAUUCCUCUAGACAAAAUGGUACCGAUACAACCAGUUACUACUGGUGUAAAUUUUGCAGUUUCAGCUGUGAAUCGUCCAGCUCAUUGAAACUAUUAGAACAUUACAGCAAACAGCAUGGGGGAAGCCAGGCAGGAAGCCUUCACCCAGAUCUGAAUGAUAAGCUUUCUAGGGGAUCUGUCAUUAACCAGAAUGAUCUAGCCAAAAAUGCAGAUGGGGAGUUAGUGACAAAGACAGAAAAGGGUGCGAGUGUGGCAAAAAAGAAAGACUUGACUAGCAAAGGAGCAGAGGACAGCAUGGUGACAAGCUACAACUGUCAGUUCUGUGACUUUAGGUACUCAAAGAGCCAUGGCCCAGAUGUAAUAGUGGUGGGCCCACUUCUCCGUCACUAUCAGCAGCUACACAACAUUCAUAAAUGUACCAUUAAGCACUGUCAGUUCUGUCCCCGAGGCCUCUGCAGCCCAGAAAAGCACCUUGGAGAAAUUACUUAUCCAUUUGCUUGCAGAAAAAGUAAUUGUUCCCACUGUGCUCUCUUGCUUUUGCACCUGUCUCCAGGGGUGACAGGAAGCUCUAGAGUCAAACACCAGUGCCAUCAGUGCUCAUUCUCCACUCCCGACGUGGACGUUCUCCUGCUCCACUAUGAGAAUGCACACGAAGCCCAAGCGUCUGAUGUCAAACCAGAAACAAACACCCUGCCAGGGGCAGAGGGGCCGCUGACGCUUAAGGAAAACAAGGAACACUCAUGUACCAAAUGUGACUUUACCACCCAGGUGGAAGAAGAGAUUUCCCGACACUACAGGAGAGUACACAACUGCUACAAAUGCCGUCAGUGCAGCUUCACAGGUGUUGACACUCAGUCACUACUAGAGCACUUCAACACUGUGCACUGUCAGGAGAUGGACAUCACUACAGCCAAUGGGGAGGACAGUCAUGGCAUUUCGUCUAUCAAGGAGGAGCCAAAAAUUGACCUCAAGGUCUACAGUCUGAUUAAUCCGGACCCCAAAAUGGGGGAGCCCAUAUCUGACAGCAUAGUGAAGAGGGAAAAGAUAGAAGAUAAGGAAGUGCUCAAGGAGAAAGGUUGGACUGACAAUCCCAGUGAUGACCUUCGCAACGUGACCUGGAGAGGAACAGACAUUUUGAGGGGGAGCCCAUCAUACACACAGACCAGUCUAGGCUUACUGACCCCAGUGUCCGUUGGCCAAGAGCAGCCAAAGCCUUUAAGGGAUAGUCCAAACGUAGAAGCUGCCCAUCUUGCGCGGCCCAUGUAUGGCUUAGCAGUGGAGAGCAAGGGCUUCCUGCAAGGCGUGCCAGCCGGAGCGGCGGAGAAAGCCGGGCAGCUCACCCAGCCAUACGCUGGAUCCGGGGACAGCAAGGCAAAGGACGAAUCCCAGUCCUUAUUACGGAGACGUAGAGGCUCGGGUGUUUUUUGUGCCAAUUGCCUGACCACAAAGACCUCUCUCUGGCGAAAGAAUGCAAAUGGUGGAUAUGUAUGCAAUGCGUGUGGCCUCUACCAGAAGCUUCACUCGACUCCCAGGCCUUUAAACAUCAUUAAGCAGAACAAUGGUGAGCAGAUCAUUAGGAGACGAACAAGAAAGCGCCUUAACCCGGAGGCACUUCAGGCUGAGCAGCUAAACAAACAGCAGAGGGGUAGCAGUGAGGAACAAGUCAAUGGAAGCCCCUUAGAGAGGAGGUCAGAGGAUCAUUUACCUGAAGGUCAUCAGAGAGAAAUUCAGCUUCCCAGCCUCAGUAAAUAUGAGGCCCCAGGUUCAUUGACUAAAAGCCAUUCUGCUCAGCAGCCAAUAUUGGUCAGCCAAACUCUGGAUAUUCACAAAAGGAUGCAACCUUUGCACAUUCAGAUAAAAAGUCCUCAGGAAAGUACUGGAGACCCAGGAAACAGUUCAUCGAUAUCAGAAGGGAAAGGAAGCUCAGAGAGAGGCAGCCCGAUAGAAAAAUACAUGAGACCUGCGAAACACCCAAACUAUUCACCACCUGGAAGCCCUAUUGAAAAAUACCAGUACCCACUUUUUGGACUUCCGUUUGUACACAAUGACUUUCAGAGUGAAGCUGACUGGCUGAGAUUCUGGAGUAAAUAUAAGCUGUCUGUUCCUGGGAAUCCACACUACUUGAGUCAUGUGCCUGGCCUACCAAAUCCUUGCCAAAACUAUGUGCCUUAUCCCACCUUUAAUCUGCCUCCUCAUUUUUCAGCUGUCGGAUCAGACAAUGACAUUCCUCUAGAUUUGGCGAUAAAGCAUUCCAGACCUGGGCCAACUGCAAAUGGUGCCUCCAAGGAAAAGAGUAAGGCACCACCAAAUGUAAAAAAUGAAGGUCCCUUGAAUGUAGUAAAAACAGAGAAAGUUGAUAGAAGUACUCAAGAUGAACUUUCUACCAAGUGUGUGCACUGUGGCAUUGUCUUUCUGGAUGAAGUGAUGUAUGCUUUGCAUAUGAGUUGCCAUGGUGACAGUGGACCUUUCCAGUGCAGCAUAUGCCAGCAUCUUUGCACGGACAAGUAUGACUUCACAACUCACAUCCAGAGGGGCCUACACAGGAACAAUGCACAAGCUGAAAAGAAUGGAAAACCUAAAGAGUAAACCUUAGCACUUAGCACAAUUAAACAGAAAUAGGUUUCCUUGAUGGGAAUUCAAUAGCUUGUAAUGUCUUGUGAAGACCUAUAAAGCACUUCAUAUAGAGAGCAUGCCUUAUCCAAUAUUAAAUCCCUUGUUGUUUUCUUUUUUUUCCUUUUUCUGCUUUAUUUUUUCCCUUUUUUUCUUUUUUUUUUUUUUUCCUUUUAAAUGAGUGGGUUACCAAGAAAAAAAGAACAAUUGGAUGGUGGCCAGAAAGGGGAGAAGGUAAUUACAUGGGACACGGCCCACCAAAGCUAGCCAGAAUGCAGUGAAUCAUGGCAAAUAACCUUGAGAAAAUUACCGGACAAUUAAUACCUUUGCUGUUGUGUAAGAGACAUAACUGGCAAGAGUGCAAAGAUGUGUAUAUGUAUAUACUGCUGCAGGGGUACAGUGAACAUAUGCACACUGUAUAUAAGAACUAGACUUGUUAAAUAUACAGAUGUUAAAAGGUCAUUUUCUUUUCUUUAAUUUGGGCUAAUUUCUGCCCUACAACAUGCCUUAGGAUCACUUUGUCCUCAAAGCUUUGGCAGCAAUUUCAUCUAGAUGUUUCUCAGACUCAGCUGAUUUUUAGCUACCAUUUUAUCACUACAUUCUUUCUGGCACACUUUAGUCUAGGAAAACCAGUUUGUGCAAGUGAAGUCUCUAAUACAGAAGCCACACUCCAGGUUUAAUUUGCAUAGAACAAGGUAA